ACCUAGCAACUAGCAAUGUCCCACCCUAUUCAUGCUGAAUUCAAAGCAUCCACACAGCAACUGCAUUCUCUGGAAUCUCACUCUGAGAACAAUAACUAGAUAUGGCAGAGAGUCUUCCACAAAUUGAAGAAGGUGUUCCUGAUGACAUGGAACAAGCCCUCAUUACAGAGCUUGAAAGAAGUCUGGGAAAUUCAGUACAUGACCUUUGCUUUCAGAAUGACCCUGAAUGGUCUGAAUCUGAAUUGACAGCCAUCGAGAACACACCUCAGGAUAUCCGGAUUGGAAAUACCUUCUGGUGUAACUGUGCAAAGUGCUUGGAGAUGCCAACCCGAGAUGAAAGUUGUUGCUGUACAGAGAUGCCUAAUUUGCAGCAAUAUUUAACAGAAGACAUAACCUGCAUAACCCUAGUUCAGGAAAUGCUUUUCUUUUGUACUAAUGAAGAUUUCCUGGACUUCAUGAUCAGAUGGAGUGGACGCUACACCAUGGCACAGUACAACCGUGAUCGCAAAAGGAUUCUGAGAAAGGCUUCUUACAGAGCAUUCACUACCUGGGCUCAUGGACAUUUGGGUCCAGGAAACAGAAUCCCAAUACCAUCUUGUAUAGUAAAUAUGGUCCGAAAUAAAUUCCCAGAUGAUAAUCAAAGAUAUACAGGGUUUUACUGGUCUAAUGACUAUCCAGCCAUCGAUAUGGCAUAUGACGGGUAGAAUGAAAAAUCCAUGUGGAUGGCAAGAAAAUGUCAUUUCAAUAUAUGCAAGUUUUGUUUUAAUCUACAAAUAAACUAAAGUGAUGUGAAAAAGUUUGAGAACGCCUCUUAAUUCUUUG